CCCAUAAUUCUCAUCAUAACCACUUUCUUCACUGAAUGUAGUUUCAACAAACAUGGCGAUGCUAUCGCCAGCAGGACAGGAGCGAUUGCUGUUUUUAGGGCUGGGGAUUACAACUUGUGCUGUUUUGGCCUUCGUGCGUUAUCGCCUCGUUCAUUUUCGUGAAGCUGCCACAAUUCCAGCACCCGAGAACAAAUCGCAUUUCAUCGACCAGAAGACCGAGGAUUCUUUGAAACUCAGUACAUUGGAGAAGUUGAUCAAAAAUCCGAAUUACGGAAUUCAAGAGACUGCAUCAAUUAUCGUCUGCGAACGUGCUCUGCACAAUGAAUACGCCAUUAACAGCCUACUUCAUGAAAUUAGUCAACCAGAAUACGGCAAACGAGCGAUAGCAGUUCGAGCAUUUAUCUUGAUUGUGAACAAUUCGACUGUCAAACGCAUACACAAGCCCGAAACAUAUGAAGCACUUGUCAAAAGCUUGGAAUAUUCUGUUGAGGACUACGUGCACCAUGAAUACGACCCAGACUGGGAUAACUGGCCCCUUCGCGACACAGCGGAGAAAAGCUGUCUCAUGAUAAUAAACGAGUUGAUUUACAAAUACGGUGUUCAGGAACUUCUCAACGCUGGGUUUAUAGAACGUUGGUUGGUGAAAGAGCCUUGGGGUGUAACCACAGAGGAACGUUCAAUCAACUUUAUGGACUCCCUCAACAAAGAGAAGAGCUUGAAUCGAGUGAUUGUGCCACUAUUUCAUGACCAAAGGGGCAGGAAAAUGUUAGAGGAAGCGAAACUUCUACCCGCAAGCCCUGAUUCAGCUGCAAGGUACCUUGCGACGAAAGGAACUGAGGAUCAAGACAUGGAGGAAAUCGAUAGCUAUUAUCUCGAGAGAAGACCAAGGGAUCAAACUACGGCAGAAGAUUAUCUCAGAAGACGCCAUAGGGAGGCCAUGGUUUUGAACGAUGGCACAAGGCCCUUCGAAAGAGGCGACAUUUAUGAAAAUCAACAAAGACCUAGGGGGUCUAUGGAAUGAAACGAAAAUAUUCAUACAAGAAGAAAAAUCGAACGACUCCAGGCAAAGUCAAAAGGUUUGCUUCAACAACCUACAUACCCAAGUAGUCAUUCUCUGAGAAAAUAUACGUUUUCAAGUGUUUAUAUAGCGUUCACUACCUAUGGAGCGAAAGGACUAGGACAUGACAGCACUCAUCGCUUUACGGCUGAAAUUUCGAGCUCCUACAAUUGCCUGCCUAGAUUAAGGUUAACAAGGGUGAAGCUAUCGGAUAUCUUGACAUUGAAGUUAAAGGGUAUCAGACAGAGAAAUUGUUAGCUUUAAGUUACCAGACAAUCAAAGUCCUAAUUAAUCGUAAUUAAUUU